UUAACUUUAGAAAAUACACUCCAAAACCUCACUGCUAGAAGCAGAGGUCUCUCCAAAGAACAGGAAAAAAAAUGGCUCUAUGGAGUAGAGCUCGCACAGCUUCUUCUUCACUCUUCAACAGGCUCCUUCAACAUCCCAACAACAUCAGCAGCGCCAGCGCUGCUUUCCUCCGCCAUUUCUCCACCGAUGUAGCUGGCAAUACUAAUUCAAUGCGUGGUAACAUGAUGAAACAACUGCUCCACCUUGAUAUCAAUUCACAAAUUGGAAGUUGCAUGCCUCUUGGUGCUAUGCGUAUUGGAACAAUAAUACAUAACAUUGAGAUGAACCCUGGUCAAGGUGGGAAGUUGGUUCGAGCUGCAGGUACCAAUGCAAAGAUUCUGAAAGAGCCAUCUUCGACCAUUACUGUGGUACAGCUGCCUUCAGGUGUUGUGAAAAAGAUCGAUUCUCGGUGUCGGGCUACAAUUGGCAUGGUCUCUAACCCAAGCCACAAGGAUCGAAAGCUUAGGAAGGCUGGACAGAGCCGGUGGUUGGGCCGAAGACCAACAGUUAGAGGAGUUGCAAUGAAUCCAGUAGAUCAUCCUCAUGGUGGUGGUGAGGGUCGGAGCAAAAGUAGUGGGUCCUUGGGGAGGGUGUCACAAACGCCUUGGGGAAAGCCAACUAAAGGCGGGUAUAAGACUGGUCCACUCAAGCGCAGAAAAUAAUUUGGCAGCCAUCUUCUUUGUUUGGCUCCUCUGUUUUGAAUGCUGGUAGUUCCUGUGAUCUCAUCAAAUAAAUGUUUUAAGGUCAGGUUUUCUAAAUCCAUUAAAUUGUUUACUGCCAUAAAUCUAGGAUUGGUUCUAUUUGUUAUGUUCAGAAAAGAACAUGGAUGAUAAAGAGUGUUUCAUGUAGGCAUCUGCAAAUUUGCCCCUUUUGUUUUCUUUUGAACCUAUCAAUCUUGAUCGGUGUUUCAUAUUGAAUGUUUAUGGAUGAACACAAAUUACCAGCU